CAAGCACUUCACAGUCCACUCCAUUCCUUUACCUCAUUUUUCAUUCAUCACAAUGCAGUUUUCCCGCUUUGCUCUCAUUCAAGUCCUUGCGGUUAUGUUGACCUUGGUCGACACGAUGGCGGCAGCUGGAAGUCUCAACGUUGUUCGCCAGUCAUCAGAUCUUCUACAGGCCAAGAGGAAACUAGGCAAAAAAAUGAUGGGUCGUAAACAACGAAGACCGUCUCGGUUACCUUCCGUCAAUUCUCCGACCCUUUCCGAUGUUUCUUCUAUGGUACCUUCUGAUGCUCCCUCUAUGGUACCCUCUGAUGCUCCUUCUAUGGUCCCUUCCGAUGCUCCUUCUAUGGUUCCUUCAGAUGCUCCUUCGGGGGUCCCUGCCUUUAUACCCUCUCUUGUAUGUUUGGAAGAAGGCAGUUUUUGUUCCGACACCGUCGCUUGUUGUGGCUCACUGUCAUGUUUACCGACCCCUUUGAUUGGAUCAGCUCCUCCGGGACCUGACUCUUGUCAACCUGAUGGACGGCGUCAUUUGCGUCCCCGCGCGUAAGCGGCCAAGGAAACCAGACGAAGGUGUCUCCAAGCACAUUCAAUGGUAACAAGCAAGGUUUGGUGAAAUCAUGUAGACGAAAAGAAUCAUGGAAUAACUAGUAGAAUCCGAAAGGACAGUGAA